AGUCAGUCUCAGUAGUCGCCCAACUCCCAGCCCGUGCAGAGCGCCCUGUGUCCCGGUGCAGUGUUCGUGCUCUCGCAGCUUCUUCUCGCAGAAUCGCUCCCUGUGUUUACGUUCGAGUGUGUUUCUUGUGCGUCUUGCUCGCGCUUUUAAAAUUUUCGGGUCCUCGUGCACCCUGGAUUAUGUUGUGAUUGUGAAAGACCGGUUUUUUUGGAUUUUUUGGAUUUUGGAUUUUGGACCCGAGCGGGUUUCGGACGUUUGUUGAAAGCCGCUGAAGGAUAUUUUGCCGAACGAGCGAGUUAAGACUGGGCUGGACCCAUCCAAAGGCUCUCAACGAAAGCUCAACUGGACCUGUACGACGGGCGUACAGUUUGGAUCCACCGGUAAAUGCCUCGCACACUCAAGUUGAACUGCUGUCUGUGGAAUGUGAUUUGCUUGUUCUUCUCCGGGGACUGAGUAACCGUAGUGGCGGACACCGUGAGAUGUGCGCGAAUUGAAGGAACCCUUCGGAGUCGAGUCGCCGCGGUGGUGUUGUGUUGGGGUAGGUGAACUUUUUUCGCGAUUCGUUGCCCGGAAGCGAGGAAGAUAAAUGCGGACAAAUCCUCGGGUUCCCGCUUGGAGUGCGAGUGUUCGGGGGUGUCGGGUUGGCAGCGGUCGGCUGCGCGGUAGGAUUGAUGUGGCCGGGUGAAGUGUGCUGUGGUCGGAUGGGCCCUCUGUGCCUGUCUCGCACCUAAGCCCCCCUGGAUGCGGCUAAUUUUGAACACGUUAUAUAAGCUUGCUGUCUCUGCGAACUUAAUCUGCUUGUUGAUGGUUUUGAGCUGUGGCGCUGAGCCCCGAUCGGUGCGUCUGUAUAGUGAAUGCAGCAGUAAUUUCAUUAGGGUAGACAUGAGAGGUCGGGUCGUAGCAGAGGAAGCGUCAUCCAUAUUGGAAAUACCACAGCUAGAGAAAUUUCAAAAUCUGACAUUUCUAACCAAAGAUCGAGGUCUCGAACUUACAAUAUUUGCAGAAGAGGCCAAAAGAUAUUUAUGUUUCAAUUCAAAAUGGAGAAUAAUAGGAUCGAAAAAAUUUCAAGAGCCGAUGUGUUUGUUCCGAGAAAGUAUGAGUAAGCUAAUACAGGGCUACUUCCAAUACAGAUCUGUGGCUGAUCCAACGAGGAUACUCAGCUUCAACAACCGGGGACGACCGAUCAAAUGCCCUCAAAACAAGUCCUAUCAGAAGUGUAGCAAUUUCCUCAAAUACGACGACUCCUUCAACGUACCAGAACAUAAUAAGAAGAUCAAAAAAACCCAAAAAUCCAAUAAACCCAAAUACCCAAAUACCCAAAAUACCCAAACAUUCAUCAGGCAUAGUCAGCACCGGUCUCGAAACUCCAUCACUACCUAGUUCAGCUUAGCUUAGUCCUGUACAUGAAUAGGCGCUUGUUUUGCUUAUACUACACAUGUAGUCUUCGUUCGUUGUCAGCAUGAUGCUUGACAUCAACACAAUUUUCCGUCUAGGAAACGGAAAAAUUGAUGGUUGAAUUGUUGAAUGAGUCUCUCGGUGUAGUUUCCUUUUUUUUGUUUGUUCUGACAACAUGUCAUUCCAUAGUACGUGACAUUUUGAGGUGUUUAUGAUGCAUGUGAACAUCUCGACAUCUCAAGACGUGAACAUCUUAUGAUGCUCUCCUCAAGAGGAACAUACAAUCAGAUGUUGUCAAAAUCACCAAAAUGAUGUUCAGCAUUAGCAGAUUUGAAGUGUCUCCAGAUCGACGGCGUGGAAACUCAAUGUUUUUCUUUUCCUUUCAUUUCUUCUUUUCCAAACGUCAAUUUUUUUUAUUUUUCUCGAUGUAGACGUAACGCAAACACUUUUCUCCUAUAGCAAGUCAGCUUCCUCUCACAGCUCGUUUCUCAAAUAUUUUUGAACAUUAUCACAUUCCUCAAGAAAAACAUAAAAACCUGAGAAAUAAGCAAAGGUAAAUAAAUCAUAGUUAGGUUUUUAGUACAAAUUAAAAUAAUUUGAUUUAUCGGUAAGCUUCUAGUCGUUUUAAAAUUUACUUUGAGAAAAAUUUCUUCAUUGACUGAUUUUAUAAUUAAACUGCUUUGAUAAAUAGUUAGGCUUGUGAAAAGAAGCAAGUUCCUGAUAUACAGUUCGUUUUAAACCCAUUUUUAUUUAUCAUUUUUUAGUUUUUCUCAUUCUGUUUUGUUUAUAUCCCGGUCAAAUCAUCGUACGUGAUUUACGUGAAUGUCUUUUUUCAUACUUUUAUUCAAUUCAUGAUUUGAGAAGAACUGCUUUAUUCAUUGAUUUUUAAUAUGAAUUUUUGGACAAUGGGCUCACAGAGAGGUCAAAGUGUUUAAAUUGAUUCAGUCAGCGUAAGGGGACAAAAAAAAUCGACCCAAUUUUUGUUCUGAACAGAAUUGGUGUAACAUUGUUACCUCUUAUCUACCUCCCUUUUACUAAUGUGAAACAAAAUUAAUGAGAGACAAGACUCUUUUAAGUUGCUAAAAUGACUAGAUGUGUACUUAAAGAAUGAGGAAACAAAUUGAAAACUAGUGCACUCGUCUGAAAGUAUCAUAGAGCAUAGUUUUGGGGCUAUUUUCCCCCCUUAUUUUUCCAAAUCUUGGCAAUGUUACAUUUUCAAGAGCCAUCGAUUCUAAAACAUCCAUUUUUUAAAAUGUUCAAUUACUUGUGAAAUGUUUUGCUCGGUCAUUCAGGUUUUUUAAAAUAUACGAAAUUAUUUUGAAUAGCUUUGCAAUCACAAUUUCAAUUUAAAGCAUUAUAAUCCCCUGGAAACUGUAUCUCGCAUUAAUUUUUAAAAUGAUAUGGUUUAGGUCAGACAUUUUGUUUGGAAAUUCAUCGAGAUCGAAACAUGUUUUACAUAAUUUAAGGUUGACGGACCAAGUACGUAUAAAACUUAUAUAGUGUGUUUCCUUCGGAAAAUAUACCAAAACUUGUACUUAUCUGGCACAUUAUCUUUCUCAGGGUCCGAAAAAUCCCAACGUCUACUAAAUGAACCGUAUCAGAGAGAAUAAUUCCCCAUGAGGCUUGAGAAAUGUUUUGCACCUUAUAAUGUUCUGUUCUCUAGAAUAUUGAGAAUCCUAAAAUGAGAUUCUUUCAAAAAGGUUUUUCUUUAUUAUUUUUAUAUUUCUGAAUAGUUUUCUCCUUUUUGUUAUUUUAUAUUGUGAACAAGUUUUCAUGCCUGAAACUCGGUGUUUUUAUUAUUAUUAUCUUUUUUUAAAACUUCGAUCCAGUAAUUCACAUUCCUUUCUCAUGAAUCUAUUUGACUGUUCAUUCGAUUCGCACCAUUAGAUUUUGUGAGCUCAUACCAAAAAAGAAAAAAUAUGAAGAUCAAGCUAAAUUUCCUCAAAAUUGUUUUCAUCCCGAAACUUUUUUCGGGCAUCUCUUUCGGAAGUUCUUAAAAUUGGCAGUCUGAGUUUGAACUUUAGUAGUUCUUUUUUUAAGGUAGGUAUAAGUAAUCACACCUCACCUUUUUAUCUCUUCGACGUGUUCAACAUUGAUCUGUUGCCAAUAAAUGUUUUUCAAAAUAUCCCUCAUUCGUAUGAUUAGAUAUUCCUUUGGUUUCGCUUUAAAGUAUAGUAUAUCUGAAAAAACUCAUAAUUUCCGAACAAUUUUUUAGUUAAAACGGAAUUAUGAUGUUUGCACGAAUCAAAAUUUCAUAUUAAUAACACUGAUAAUACUGAUAUUUCAGAUACCUACUCUACAUCAAUCAUAGCUCAAGGUCAAGCAGCAGUUAAGAAAACAAUUUUUAUUUAAACCUUGAAAGGAAUUUUGCUCGGUUUUUUGUGGUUCCUUCUCUUUUGACAUGAUUUUAUGUAUUCGUCAUUUGUACAGAGAGAAACAUCACGAGGAAUGAAGAAUUUAUAUAGAAUCUCCUUGCCUUUAGGUAUGUAAGCUUUCAUGUACUUAUUAACAAAUCAAGAUUUAUGAAUAUGUUCGUAAUAUUUGUGUUCCAGAGAAAAACCAAGUUAGGAAAAAAAAUAGUUACUUGACGGCUGCUUGUACCGGUAAAGUUUCCGGAAAAAUGAAAGUUCCUGCCGCCUGAUUGUUGAAAAUUUGCCAGCAAGAAAAUACAAUACAUAGCCCUAUCUGUGCCGUGUAAUAUUUCGGUUUUCGAUGUCUUGUCAUGCUGACAUACAUUUCAACUAUGAGGCCGCCGGUUGUUUUUGCUGUAAUUCAAUCUCCGGAUCGAACCAAAGAAUUUAGUUUGAUCUUAUUAUUAUCAGUGGGAUGUAAAACCAGUUAGGGCUGUUUAGAGUCCAUAAAUAUGUAUAAAUUAGAUGUUUUUAUGUACAUGUUUUUAAUAAUAAAUCAUUUUAUAUUACUUCUCAGUAUUACUAAAAAAUAGAUGCCUAACGAAAGUAUUUUAAAUUAAAAUACUAAUGAACUGUACACUAUCUUUGUAAAUUAUUAAAAUAUUUUCUAUUGGACGUGUAAA